AUGAUUUCUUUAUCAAACAAUCAAGAAAAUAUAAUUUACCUCAAACAACAACAACAAAAAAAAAAAAAGCUUGAUGAAAGUGUGAUAACUUUAUUGUCAAGUGAUGAAAAUAAUGAACAUAAUAGUAAUUAUAGAACUAGUAGUAUUAUGUUUGAAAAUAGUUUUGGUAUGAAUCAACCUUCCAAACCUAACCUUAAAGACCUUCACCUUGAACCUAUUAAUAAGAUACUUGAAAAAACUUCAAUGUUUCAGAAUAGAUAUCCACAAUUAGAAGUUUCAGAUUAUUUUGGAGUUCAAGAAAUUUCAUAUGUUCAAUCAACUUCAACUGCAAGUAAAAGACUUUUUAAUAAUACUAAAAAUAUGAUGACAGAGAAAAUGAUAUUACUUUUACUUACUACUUUUGAGCACCUA